GUAAAAUGUUAAUAUUAAGACAAUAAUUUACAUAUUGUUUAAACGUUAAACCCCCUUUCUUUUUAAUUAAUUAACGUAACGAAUUGCAACUUUUGUUACAACCAAAUUCUCACAGUCAUGGAAAAUCAAAAUAACACACAAAGUAAAGAUGGUUUAUCCAUAUUUAGAGAUGUUUUUCGAAGAGCUGACAAAGACGACGAUGGUGCAAUAUCGUUAGCUGAGUUCAAGAGAUUUUUCAAUGAUGGCAUUUUGUCAGAGGAAGAAUUGCUAAAGCUGUUCAAUGUCAUAGACACUCACCACACAUCCUUUAUAGACACACAGGAACUCUGUGAUUAUUUUCAAGAGCAUUUGGGUCCAUUUUCAUCCAUAUUUAGUGGUCUUGAGUGCAUGAAUUCUGCCGUGAAAAAUGUUCUCACUGAAACAGCAAAGAAUUAUCCAACAGCGAACUUCUUCACAAGUUUCACCAUAAGAUUUUUAAUGCGUGAGCUGCUCAACCAGCUCGGCUCAUUGGAAUAUCACGUGGACACAGCUCUUGACAAAAUAGAUUCAGAUGAAAAAAGCAAAAGAACUGGCACACCAUACACAGAACAGAAAACAAACGAAGGAACGAAAAAAAGUCGAAAGAAAUCUCAGAGACAACAGCCACAGAUGACAAACGACGGGCAUUCCCUCUCCAAACUUGCAUCGCAAGUUGAUCGACUUGCUCACCUGGUUAACCAAUUGGAAUCCAAAGUGAAAUUGGAAAUUGUCGAAGAAGAGGUUGAUCCGAAUAAGGACAGAACGUCCAUUAUCGUUCGUCGUAAGUUUGUUGUGAAUACAGAAUGUCACGAAGAGUUCAAGAAAUCAUUAAAAGUCUUCAUUAACUCGACUGGCUGUGCCGUAGGCUGUCUUGAACUCUCAGUACGUUUGUUCACAAACUCUGACGUAUUUAUACUUUAUGAAAUAUGGAGCAGCAAAGACAGUUUAAAGAGUUGGUAUGUAUCACCAGAAUCCAAGGCAUUUCUUCGCUCCAAUAUUGAUCAUUUGCAAAGACCCGAAGAAUGUAUCCAAAUGCCAAUUCCAGCUGCGUGGUUAGAACAAGAUGGUGCUAGCGAAGAUAUCAUCUAACCUGAGGGUAAAGCAUUGUGUUGUAGAAGAUGUGCCUCAUGAAAGAACAUCAAAAUUUGUGGCCUGAGGGUAAAGUAUUGUGUUGUAGUAGAAGAUGUGCUUCAUAAAAGCACAUCAAAGAGUUGUGUGGUAAAGUUUAGCCGUAAUUCAUAUUGAAUAGUUUAAGAACAUAGCGUUGGUUUUAGAACUAAAAACGCUGAAUCAGUUGGCUGUCGUAGUUUGUCUUUUUUUUCUAAGGAUAGUGAGUUAUUUUUGGACCGUUUAAUGGCGUUUUUGUUUGUAAUUGUCAUCCAAAGAUGGAUGCAUGUAGAUGUAAUUCUCAUUGUAUAAAUGAUGCCCACGUGAUGAAACACGUGGUGUACACAUGA